ACACAAAAUACAAGCAGACAACUCAUUUGCUCUACCCCUUCCAAUAUAAAAACCCUAAUUUCCAACUUUUAUUCCCUUUUCUUCUAUCCUACCCAGUACCCACCCACCCACUCUCCCUCCUUCAUCCACCCCAUUCUCUCUUUCUCUGUUCUGUAAACUAUUUGCUCCAUUUUCUGCUUUCUGACUUUCUCUCUCUCUCUCACCUCAAUGUCUCCUCUUUCACAGUAUUGAUUCCUACUCACAUUCUUGCUCUCACUCACUCAAAUGUCUAAAAUCGGUUUUGGUCUCUUUCUUCCUCUACUCCUCUUCUUGCCCUGCUGCUAUGUCUCCGCCGACCAGCAAGAGCUCCGAUCACUCUUGGAGUUCAAGAAGGGCAUUAAGAACGACCCUUUGAACAAAAUCUUCCAGUCCUGGAACCAGACGCUCCUCUCGGAUCUGUCCUCCUGCCCCGACAAGUUCUACGGCGUCGUUUGCGACUCCGGCUCCGUCUCCGCCAUUGCCCUUGACCGCCUCGGCUUGUCCGGCGACUUGAAGUUUACUACACUCAAUGGCCUUAAGCAGCUCAGGAACCUUAGUCUUUCAGGUAACUCCUUCACGGGUCGGGUCGUGCCCGCUCUAGGCUACAUGACCUCGCUGCAGUACUUGGAUCUCUCCGGGAACCAGUUCUACGGGCCUGUUCCCGAGCGGCUUACCCAGCUUUGGGGUUUGAAUUAUCUGAAUCUCUCCAAUAAUAAUUUUUCCAAGGCUUUUCCAAGCGGAAUUAGGAAUUUGCAGCAGUUGAAAGUGCUCGAUUUGCACUCAAAUGGGCUCUGGGGCGAUGUACAGGAGCUCUUCUCUGAGCUCAGGAAUGUGGAGUAUCUUGAUUUGAGUGGGAACUCAUUUUUCGGCUCGCUCUCCAUUAAUCGAGACAAUUUAUCUAGCUUGGCCAAUACACUGCAGCAUAUGAACUUGAGCCAUAACAACCUGGCCGGUGGGUUUUUCAACGGAGAUUCGAUUCAGAUGUUUCGGAACUUGCAGGUUUUGGAUUUGGGGAACAAUGGAUUAAUGGGACAGCUUCCUUCUUUUGGAUCAUCCCCGAAUCUCAAAGUUCUAAGUCUAGCAAAUAACCAGCUAUACGGUUCAGUUCCUGAUGAGCUUUUGCUGGGUUUGGUACCGUUGGAGGAAUUGGAUCUCAGUGGCAAUGGAUUUUCAGGCUCAAUUGAGAUAGUAAAUUCAACUACUUUGAAGACUUUAAAUCUUUCAUCAAAUUUUCUGUCUGGGUUUCCUUCGUCCAUAGGAAAUUGUUUGGUGGUUGAUUUGAGCAGUAAUAAUCUCAGUGGUGACAUAUCUGCUAUUGAGAGUUGGGAGGCAAAUCUUGAAGUUCUAGACUUGAGCUCAAAUCAGUUGACUGGCAGUCUUCCUAAUUUGACUUCUCAAUUUCAACAAUUGACUUUUCUCAGCAUCCGAAAUAAUUCUAUUAGAGGGAACCUGCCUUAUUCACUUGUUGCCUCUUCAAGGAUGGCUAUAGUUGAUCUCAGUGCCAAUGAACUUGAUGGAACUAUUCCAGCUAGUUUCUUUGCUUCUUCAACCUUGAUGAACCUCAAUCUGUCUGGAAAUCAUUUGACAGGAUCAAUUCCUCUUGGAGGCUCACAUUCCUCUGAACUACUAGUCCUACCUUCAUUUCCUCAAUUGGAGACUCUUGAUCUUUCAAGUAAUUCUUUGACAGGUUAUUUGCCUCCUGACAUAAGUAACCUGGGGCGGCUUAAACUGCUAAAUCUUGGAAAAAAUAAGUUAGCUGGAGAGAUUCCUUCUGAAUUAAGCAAGCUUGGUGGUUUAGAAUAUCUUGAUUUAUCCCACAAUAAUUUCAAGGGAAGGAUUCCUAACAAUCUUCCUUCAAAUCUGAGGGUGUUUAAUGUGUCUUACAAUGAUUUAAAUGGAACAGUCCCUGAGAACUUGAAAAGAUUUCCUGAAACUUCAUUUCAUCCUGGAAAUUCAUUGCUCGUCUUGCCAGGCAAUCUGCCAUCUAAUAAUGGUAUUCCUGUUCCACUACCUAGUCGCAGCAGAGCUCAUAACUCCAAAUCAAGUAUCAAGGUUGCAAUUAUUGUUGCCUCAGUUGGGGCAGCUAUAAUGCUUGCCUUUGUUCUGCUGGCUUAUCGUCGAGCUAAACUUCAAAACUUUCAGUCUCAAAGAAGAUUUGGCAAUCAACCCGCUGGUAGAGAUGUUAAAGUAGGGAUAUUUAACCGGCCUUCACUUUUCAAUUUCCAUGGCAGCUCAGAGCCACCUCCAACUUCAUUAAGUUUUUCCAAUGACCACCUGCUAACAUCAAACUCUAGAUCAUUGUCAGGGAAAAUUGAGUCCACCAUGGAAAUUGUUGAAAAUGUGUUGCCUGAGGGUGUUACAACUGGUUCAGGACAUAUACAGUCUAGCACACUAGAUCAUCCUGCAACAUCUGGACAGAAAUCCUCUCCAGAUUCCCCUAUAACUUCCUCUCCCCGCUUUAUUGACACAAUUGAACAACCUGUGACUUUGGACGUGUAUUCACCAGAUCGUUUGGCUGGAGAGCUGUUCUUCCUGGAUGGUUCAAUAGCAUUUACAGCUGAGGAACUAUCUCGAGCUCCUGCUGAAGUUCUGGGUAGAAGUAGCCAUGGCACUUUAUAUAAAGCUACCCUAGAUAAUGGGUAUGUGCUGACUGUUAAAUGGUUGCGUGUGGGGUUAGUUAAAGACAAGAAAGAAUUUGCAAAGGAAGUUAAAAAGAUUGGAUCAAUUAGACAUCCAAAUGCUGUUCCUUUACGAGCUUAUUACUGGGGCCCAAGAGAACAAGAAAGGCUGAUUUUAGCCGACUACAUACCAGGGGAUAGCUUAGCCCUGCAUCUAUAUGAGACUACACCUCGCAAAUAUUCCCCGUUAUCCUUCAACAAGAGGUUGAACAUAGCUGUUGAAGUUGCUCGUUGUCUAGCAUUUCUGCACGAGAAAGGCCUACCCCAUGGGAACUUGAAGCCUACGAAUAUAAUCUUGGUGGGGGGUGAUUACAGUGCCCGGAUUACAGAUUAUGGUCUCCACCGCCUGAUGACUCCAAGUGGGAUUGCAGAGCAGAUACUAAACCUAGGGGCUCUUGGCUACCGUGCCCCUGAACUUGCAAACGCAACCAAACCUAUCCUUUCUUUCAAGGCUGAUGUGUACGCGUUUGGUGUGAUUCUGAUGGAACUGUUGACAAGAAGAAGCGCGGGUGACAUAAUCUCAGGGCAGCCUGGAGCCGUUGAUCUUACAGAUUGGGUUUGGUUGUGCGAUCAGGAAGGUAGGGGGAUGGACUGCAUCGACAGAGACAUAGCAGGCGGGGAAGAACACUCGAAAGCUAUGGAUGAAUUGCUUGCCAUAUCUUUAAGGUGCAUUCUUCCGGUUAAUGAAAGGCCUAACAUCAGACAAGUCCUUGAAGAUCUAUGUUCCAUUUGUGUGUGAAGUUUUGUACAUGUGUCUCCCUCCUCCCUCCUCCCUCCUGGUAUUAAUUCUUUUUUUUUUUUUUUUUUGUUUUUUUUUUUGUUUUUGUUUUUGUUCAUGAGUUUGAUUUUCUUCUUUUUUCACCAAUUGGUUCAAUUGCCUCCCUAAUCCGCGGGCUAAUCAUCAUUACAUAUUUUUAUUGGCUUUGCCCCAUCCCAACCCCAACCCCCCCUUCAGUUUUUGUGUAAAGGGAUGAUCAAUCCGUUGAUUGGUUAACAGUUAUUCUUCAGUUAAUUAGGAGGAUUGCAUAUAUCCUUUUGUGAAUUGUGAUUGUUUCGUU